ACGGGAAAUCUCACCACUUCACACCGGAAUCCCGAGUUCCUCAACAGCGACGCCGCGACGGCGACCAACGAGAAACGCGGGGAGACGAGAGCCGGAGAAAAGACAAGACGAAGAAACCCCGAACCGCCGACUCGGGAGCACACCAAAAACGGAGAUGCGCCGCCAAUAAUUUAACAGUGCGCACCAUCAAGAACACGAUGCCUUUUCCCCCCCUCCCACCCCUCGCUUCCUUCCCAUUUCGCUCUGUGUGUCGUUGACGAGAUCUCGCGUCCAUGUGGCCGGGGUUCUUUUCCUUUGACUUGAUCCAACCAGGAAGAAGACUUCGAGCCGUGCGAAGCUAGUAUAUUGGCGGUCUGCUGGUUGCUCCCAUCACUUGGUUUCCUCCUCUUCUUGCCAUUUCUCGUCUGCUUGCUUGCUUCUUCUUCUUCUUGCCCCCCUCCCCUGUCCGUCCCGGAGCGUGCAAAGUCUGAUCUGGUUCUCCUCCCGUGUCCGUCCACAUCCAGGGGGGGUCCUGGAUUUGGAGACGGAGAUUGGCACCUGGAAAGUGGCCGAUGUGCCCGCCAGUCUUGUUGUUUUGCCGGGAUUGGUAACGGGCGGGCGGGCAAGAAAGAAGUGAUGGGAGUUUGAUUUGCCACUUUGAUCUUGGGAUUGGUUCUUGGGAGGCGGCGGUAGUUGGCCCGUUUCUUGGUUCUUUUAGGGCGGAGUUUGUUUGGGAUCGGGAGAGCAGCAAGCCAUUUCCGGGCGGUUCUCGCCGGGGGAUUCGCGCGGGCUGAGGCAGGUUCGUCGGCGAAGAUGAGGCUGACUGUGCGUGUGAUCGGAGCGCGCAACCUGCGCGCCAUGGAUUUCAACGGGUUCAGCGACCCGUAUGUGAAACUGCAGGUCGGGAAGCAGCGGUUCAAGACCAAGGUGGUCAAGAUGAACCUGAACCCGGAGUGGGAUCAGGAGUUCAGCUUCGUCGUCGCCGAUGUCCGGGAGGUGCUCAAGUUAGAUGUCUAUGAUGAAGACAUGAUCGGGACUGAUGACUUCCUGGGCCAGGUGAGGGUGACACUGGAGGAUCUUCUGGCCGCGGAGAACUUCUCGCUCGGCACGCGCUGGUACCAGCUUCUUCCCAAGACCAAGAGUGACAAGGCAGUUGAUUGUGGGGAGAUUUCUCUUGCAAUAUCUUUAGAAACAGCUGGGGCCACACGAUCAUGGUCUGAUGAUCUUGCAACUGAACUAACUGGUACACAGAAAGAGUAUUCAUUGCAAUCCAGUCAAAGCGCAGGAGCAUCAUCGGCUGCAUUAGCUUAUGAAGAAAAUGAAGCUUCUAAAGAAGAUAAUGUUAAUGAGUAUUUUUCUGAUGGAACUGAAAUCCCUGAAGAGGACAAAUGUGGUGAAGUGAGAGAUUCAGAGGACAGGUUUAAUGGGAUUACUACUGAAAUUUCUAAUGAAGCCGAAACUUCUAAAACAGAAAAGCUUGACAAGCCCUCGCUUGUUGAUCGUGUCUAUCAAAUGUUUGCCAAGAAAAAUGAUGAUAUUUCGUCAACAUCAUUGACAAAGACCGAGGCUUUAGAAGAAGUUCAACAAGCACCAGCAGUAUGUGAGGCUCCUUUAAGCCAAAAUAGUGACAUUUGUUCAGAGAUUACAUUUGCUGAACUAUUGAGAUCUUUUGAAUCAAGGCACGAAGAAGUCGAAAUGCCUGUGAAUUUACAAGGAAUUCUUGUUAACCAGUCAUAUUUUACGUCACCUAGUGAUUUGAAUAACCUUCUCUUCUCACCAGAUUCAGAUUUUCGGCAAACAUUGGUUCAGCUUCAGGGUUGUACUGAUUUCAAAACUGAACCCUGGAGAAUUGAUAAUGAUGGGGAGUCCCUGAAGAGGGUGAUAAGUUAUACAACUGCACCAUCCAAAUUGGUUAAAGCUGUAAAGGCAACAGAGGAUCAAUCUUAUUUGAAGGCUGAUGGAAAAGAGUAUUCAGUUUUAUUGAGUGCUAGCACUCCUGAUGUUCCUUGUGGUACUUAUUUUCGGACAGAGGUUCUUUUCCGUAUUAUGCCAGGCCCUGAACUUGAUUCUGAGCAACAGACUUCACAUUUGGUAAUUUCUUGGCGCAUGAAUUUUCUUCAGAGUACUAUGAUGAAAAGUAUUAUAGAAAAUGGAGCAAGACAAGGCUUGGAGCAAAAUUAUUCACAGUUCUCUGAUCUACUGUCAGAGAAGAUCAAGCCUAUUGAUGUAGACGAUGCUGGAUCAGAUAAGGAGCAGGUUUUAGCUUCAUUGCAAGGGGGGCAGGAGUCUGAUUGGAAGAUAGCAUUCCUAUACUUCUGCAACUUUGGUGUCUUGUCCUCUCUUUUUGUUGCCUUGUACAUUGGUGUUCAUGUUUCGCUAGUGAAUUCAGGUGCAGUUCAGGGACUUGAGUUUCCUGGAUUAGAUUUGCCAGAUUCUAUCAGUGAGAUUGUCAUGGGUGGGCUAUUGUUUCUUCAGGCGCAACACAUAUUUAAGAAAAUCAUGUGUUUUUUUCAGGCAAGAGAACAAAAAGUUGGUGAUCAUGGUGUGAAAGCACAAGGCGACGGAUGGUUGCUAACUGUUGCCUUAAUUGAGGGAACCAAUUUGGCACCAGUCGACGCUACUGGUUUCUCUGAUCCUUAUGUGGUAUUUACUUGCAAUGGUAAAACCAAAACAAGCUCAAUCAAGUUCCAAACACUUGAACCUCAGUGGAACGACAUCUUUGAGUUUGAUGCCAUGGAUGAUCCUCCAUCUGUUAUGAAUGUACAUGUAUAUGAUUUUGAUGGACCAUUUGACGAAGUUACCUCUCUUGGACAUGCUGAAAUCAACUUUGUCAAAUCAAAUCUGUCAGAGCUAGCGGAUGUAUGGAUUCCUCUUCAAGGUAACUUGGCUAAGUCCAGGCAGUCUAAGUUACACCUAAGAAUCUUCUUGAACAACUCAAAGGGCACUGGUAUGGUCACUGAGUAUCUGAGCAAAAUGGAGAAAGAAGUUGGUAAGAAGAUGACGUUGCGGUCUCCUCGAACUAAUACUGCAUUCCAGGAGCUCUUCUCUCUGCCUGCAGAAGAAUUUCUAAUCAGCAGUUUUACCUGCUACUUGAAGCGGAAAUUGCCUACACAGGGCCAUCUUUUCUUGUCUCCAAGAAUAAUUGGAUUUUAUUCAAGCAUGUUUGGCCGGAAAACAAAGUUUUUCUUUCUAUGGGAGGAUAUUGAAGACAUACAGGCAAUUCCCCCAUCACUAUCGACAUGGAGUCCAUCCCUUGCAAUAACUCUUCACAGAGGUAGAGGCAUGGAUGCAAAGCAUGGAGCGAAGAGCGUAGAGAGUGGAAAGCUGAAGUUUUCUCUGCAAUCUUUUGCAUCAUUUAGUGUGGCCAAUAGGACAAUAAUGGCGUUAUGGAAAGCAAGAUCAUUGAGCUCCGAGUCUAAAGUACAGAUUGCUGAGGAACAAUCUCAAAAUAAUACACUUCAGAGUGAGGACAGUGGAAUUUUUGUUGGUGUUGACGAUUCCAAGAGCCUUCAGAUGAGUGAAGUUUUCUCGUCAACCAUUUCUGCUAAUAUGAAUUCACUUCUGGAGGUGUUCGAGGGUGGUUCGUUGGAGAUGAAAGUCAUGGAAAAAGUUGGAUGCCUCAAAUACUCGGCUACACAAUGGGAAUCAGAUAAACCCGACGAAUAUCAAAGACAAAUUCAUUACAAGUUUAGCAGGAAGUUGUCUCCUGUUGGAGGAGAAGUGACUGGGACCCAGCUGAAAUCUCCUAUGCCCAAUAAGAAAGGGUGGAUUAUUGAAGAGGUGAUGGAACUUCAAGGCGUCCUUCUUGGUGACUUCUUCACGCUUCAUAUAAAGUAUCAAAUAGAAGACCUUGCUCCUAAACAAAAGGCGUGCAGUGUCCAAGUCUAUCUUGGAAUUGAAUGGUCAAAGACCACCAGGCAUCAGAAGAGAAUCGAGAAGAAUGUUCUUUCCAGUUCAUCUGCUCGCCUAAAGGAGAUGUUCAGCCUUGCAUCCAAGCAACUCUCGCACACCAGAUAGGAUCAUUCAUCCGUGACAACCCAUGUGCAUAAUACUGAAUGACCAAAGAUUUACUGACCAGCACUAUGGUCCCCUGUACAUACAUUGCUUGAUUGAAGGGACGCGCGGGCAGACUGAUUCAUUCGUUAGACUAUUUUAGGGCGAGCUUUGCAGAUUUUUCUGUAGCUGUGAGCAAUUGUGGUGCAGCAUUUUCUGAACUCAGGACAAUUUGGACCAGACAUAUGAUAGCAGCAUCAUACAACCAGUUAUGAUUUACACUGAAGCCAUGGCCUGCAAUUUGUUGAUCUGUAGACAGUAGUGUUUGUCUUGUAUACAUAGGAUAGCAGUGUUGUUCUCUGUACGUUGGAAUUGGGCCACUUCAACUCCCUGUUUCAUUGAUCACACACAUGUUGAUACAGAAGGAAAAUAAAAAGUGAUCCGGUGAUAAAUAAAAUUGGAUUUUUAUAUGACA